GCAGCGUGUGCAGACCUGCAGCAGGAGAGGAGUUAAAAGCAGACGCUUUGAGGAGCUGGAAGAGUUUCUCUCUGCAGCUGUGAGGAGAUUUGACACCGAUCUGAUUUUAGGAUUCACACAACAUGAAGAGCAGCAGCAGCAGCAGCUGGAUUUCACUCUGCGCGGUUCUGGCUGCAGUUUGUGCCGUCCAGGCGACUUACACACACCACUCAACAUUGCGUUGCGACUGCAAUGGGAGAUCUCGGUACUGCCUUCGGGACGCCCAGGGCCUGCACUGUGUCGACUGUCAGGGAAACACUGAGGGCCGCCACUGUGAGCGCUGCAAGGACGGCUUCUACCUGGAGGGGGCGGGGCUAAGCUGCGCACCCUGCCUCUGCAACCCCACAGGUUCUGUCAGUGCCACAUGUGACAGCAGGGGGCGCUGCACCUGUAAAGAAGGCGUCACAGGAGAAAAAUGCGACCGCUGCCCAGACGGACCGAUUGGACCGAACGGCUGCUCGCAAAGACGUCAGCCCAGAGAGGAUUCUGGGAGUUCGACUCUGCUGUGUUUCUGUUACGGCCACAGCAGCCGGUGUUCCGCCCAAUCCGAUUACUCCGUCCACAACAUCACCUCCACCUUCGCCGAAGGUCCGGAAGGUUGGAAGACGGCGACAGCGCAGGGCGUCACCCCUGACGACGUUCACUUUCGCUGGUCGCCAAAACACCAGGACCUGGAGGUGAUCUCCAAAAACAGCCUGCCGGUUUACCUGUACGCCCCAGCUCCUUACCUGGGGAAUCAAUUGCUGAGUUAUGGUCAGAACUUUUCCUUCUCGUUGCGUCUGGACCGCGGCGUCCGACACCCGUCCACCAAUGACGUGAUUCUGGAAGGUGCCGGUCUACGAGUCAGCGCCUCGCUGGGUGACCUGCGAUCCAUCGUCCCGUGUGGACAGAAGAUCAACUACAGUUUCAGAAUGGACGAGCAGCUUGGCAGCAGGUGGAGGCCUCAGCUCUCCACCCUCCAGUUCCAGACGCUUCUCCAGAACCUCACCGCCAUCAAGAUCCGGGCAACAUUUGGCGAAAAUGGACGUGGUUACCUUGACAACGUGCAGCUGGUGUCGGCGCAGCCGCGGCGCGGAGACAGUGUCUCGGCCACCUGGGUUCAGACCUGCGACUGCCCGCCGGGAUACGAGGGCGAGUUCUGCGAGCGAUGCUCAGCUGGUUUCAGACGCAGGAUCCCUGCAGACGGAGCCUUCAGCCCCUGCGAACCCUGCAGCUGCAGAGGAGGCAGCUGCGACCCGCAGACCGGAGACUGUUACUCUGCCGAUGAGACGCCCGGAGAGCAGAGCUGCUCUGAGGGCUUUUACCGUGACCCCUGGCAGCCUCGUACCUGUGUGAAGUGUCCCUGUGCGGACGGACUGUCCUGCUCGCUGGCUGCCGGUUCGCUGGAGCCCCGAUGUGACCCCUGUCCAACCGGAACCACAGGUCCUCGCUGUGAUGUCUGUCAGGAGGGGUUUUAUGGCGCCCCUGCAGGGGGCGCCGGUGUGCAGCGACCCUGCAGGCCCUGCCAAUGUAACGGCCACAUUGAUGUCAGAGUGGCGGGAAGCUGCGAUCGCAGCAGCGGCGAAUGUCUGAAGUGUCUGAACAACACGAAGGGACGGAGCUGCGAGGCCUGCGUGCGAGGCUUCUACCACAGUCGAGCCUCCGACGCCUGCAAACCGUGUGACUGCGACCCUCAGGGCUCCGAGUCUGGACAGUGUGAUGAUUUGGGCCGCUGUCGGUGCAGACCGGGCUUCGAGGGGCUGAGGUGCCAACACUCCGACUGUCCCGCCUGUUUCGGCCCCAUCAAGUCAAAGAUGGAGGCUUACGCUGCCAAACUGAAGGAGCUGAAGACUCUGUUCUCACACAUGGACGGAGGUUUGAAACCAGUCAGCAAGGCUGAGAUGGAGGCUGCUCUGAGAUAUAUAGAGGAGCAGGUGAACGACCUGCAGGGCGACACCGAGCUGCUCGCAGGUUUGGAGAAGAGCCUGCAGGGUCGUCUGUCGUCUAUCAGCAGGAGUCAGCUGGAAGACGGACAGGACAUCGAAAACAUCGCUGACUCAGCGUACAGCAUCAGACAACGACAGCGGACGUACAAGACGAAGGUGGAGGAGGUUCAGACUCUGAUAGAGGAGAUGAAACGCAAAGUGGACAAGGCCAAGACUGACCUCGGAUCAGCUGAGUUUCCUCUUGGAGAUGCUCCGCUGGGUUCAGACUUCCUCUCUUCUUUGGUGCAGACAGCCACCAGUCUGGCUCAGACCCAUCAGACGGAGGCAGGCGCUGUGGGCCGAAGCGCCACCGACGCUCUGCGUGACUCGGAGAAGAGUCUGGCUCUGGUCCGAACUCUCAUGAACAAAGAGAACAAAGUCAGAGAGCUGAUCGGAGAUCUGAAAACCACGUACGAACAGACUUCCGCCCAGGUGAAGGGUUUGGAGAACCAGGCGACCCGGCUCAGCAGUGAGGCCAGAGACGAGAGCAAGAUGGCGGAUGGCAUGCUGAAAGACAUCACCAGGAUGGAGCGCGAUAUCCCAUCGUCCCUGAAGGAGGAGGUGGACGCCAUGGUUUCCAGGUUGGGCGGUCUGAAGGAGGCGGUGGACGAGGACAUUUCAGGCUACGAGGCGCUGCAGGAUGGCGUGCAGCGAGACAUGGCCGCCACUGGGGACCUGCUGGCCAAGGGCACGGCCGCCAAACAGGAUUACGACAAGCUGGUGAACAGAGUCAACGUCGCCAAGGGCGUCACCGAGGACGCUCUGCAACGCAUCAACAGCAACAGCAAUGAGCUGGACAGCGCCCUGAACUCCCUGAAAGGGUUCGACCAGCAGAUCGACAGCAGCAAAGCUCUGGCUGACGCCGCCAUCAAGCGUCUUCCCGGCAUCAACGCCAUCAUCCAGCAGGCUGUUGGCGACAACGCUGAGACGCUGUCCGUCCUGGGAGACGUGUCUGAUGAUUACAGCAACGCACUGGCGUCCAUCAACCAGCUGGAGAACCUGGUCACCAGUCUGGAGGGAACGUUUGAAUCUUUGCCGUCUCAUGCUGGUCUGGUGAAUGAAGCCACCAAACUGAACAAAGACGCGGAGGAUCUGAGGACGAAGGCGGUCGGUACAGCUGGAGACCUGGUCUUUGAGCUGGACGCUGCCAGGAGGCUGGAGACUGACGCUGAGCAGGCUGCUGCUGGAGCGGCUGCAGCUUUCAACAACGCCAGACAGGCCAGAGACGCUGUGGGACGAACACUACGAGACAUCAGCAGCCUGCUGGCUAACACGAACCAGUCCGGUGUUCUGGAUGAAAAGCGUCUGAAGCAGCUGGAGGACUCUCUGGCGGGCGCUCAGAGAGACGUGGAGGAGCGUCUGAGGCCACGGUUCAGGGACAUGGAGGAGCAGGAGGCCGCCCAGCGGCGCCGUCUGACCGCCAUCAACCUGGACAUCGACACCAUCCUGGGAGACAUCGCUAACCUGGAGGACAUCCUGAAUGCCAUCCCCAAAGGCUGCUUCAACAGCCCGCCCAUCGAGGAGCCCUGAGGACCGCCAGGAGACACAUAACAGUACCUGCCGCCAAGUUCUGGUCUCACAGAGUCCUGAUCCACAAUAAGAUACCUACCAUUUAAACAAUAAUCUACCUACUCUUAUAAAACAACGGGUGGUGCAGAAAUGAUUUUGUUUCAUCAAGUAAUUUAAAAAAAGAGUGAUUGGCCUGUUGUUAAACGUAUGAUCACAAUGAUUUAUUAUUAUGAAAAAACAUGUCUUCUUAGCUUGAAAGCUUCAUUUAUAGCAUCUUUCUAGAAGAGUGUUUGUAAAGUGCUAAAACUGAAAGACUUUCAGCUUUAGCACACAGUUUCCAGUUUCCCGCUUAACAAUGUCUAGUAUUUUUUCAUUUGAGAAAAGCUCACUAACAUUCAGACCCAAUUUUUCAGCUCUUUUCCUCUGAAAGAAAAUGUUGUUCCCCAGACAACGUCAUGUGUAUGAUAUAUGUAUGUAUCCCGACCUCGACGGGCGCGGAAGAUAAAUGAGGGGUCGCGACAUGAUGGAGCAGCGGAGUUACCUGGUCGGUGUUGUCUGAUGAUCUCAUCACCUUCUGGGUCAAUUCACCAAAAACUCACUGAUACUCAUGCUGCGUUCAGGUCAUGUGGGAGUAACCGUAAAUAUCAGUUUCUGACUUGAAAAUACGGUUCACGUCAAAACCCAAACAAAUAUGGACGACGUGUGUCAGCCAAAGUCCGUCGUUCAAGGGAAGCUACGUUUCGGCUCAUUGUAUUUUAGACGUCAACAGAUUUUAAAUUAACAUUAAAAUAAGAAACACAGAAACUACAGAAUGUUUGACCUGCAAAUGUUUGUUUUGUUUUGCAUUAUUGCACAUAACAACUACUGACUUUUCUUUAAUAAACAUCAAAAAUAAGGAUCUUAUUUAGAAGCCAUAUCUAACAUUGACCUGAUGACUGGAUGGACACUGUGUAUAUGAAAUGGUGUGUUUAUAUUUCUGAUAAUAUGAUGUAAUGUGUCAAUGUAAAAGUAUUUUAUUUAUAACUGUCCAUUCAGUACAUCAGUUUUUAAAUAUGUUUAAAUUCAGUGUUUUUAUUUGUUCUGUUGUCAAAAGUCAUUCAUGUGGCAGACGAGCAGAAAUAUUUAUAUGUAUUGCAACUGCAUUUAAAUAAAACCUGCUGCACUUUUUUCACAGUU